ACAAGUGGUAGCAUAGUACAUUCAGAUUGAUCUCGUAGAAAUCACUGAAUUUUAUUUUACAACAAAAAGAAAUGUAUCAUGAGUUAUUGUUUGUGUUUUCUCUAUUAAUUGUUGGCAAAUCAUUUGCCUCACAACAACAAAAAGACAAAGAACAAAAUCGUUCGCCAAGUGAUUCCGAUUAUAAUCCACUUUCACCACUUGUACGAUGUUCAUUUGUUCCGAUUGAAUUUCUCGAUUGCAAAGAGCCCUAUGACCACAAAGGCAAUAAGACGGCACGCGAUGAAAUGGGACAUGGAUGCAUUAAAUUUGGCGGUGCUAACUAUCAUGAUGUGGAGAAAACAAAAGUGCCCUGUACGGUAUUUCCCGAAAUCGAAUGCUAUGGAUCAAGGUCAUUCUAUCGUGAGGGCGUUCCAUGCAUCAAGUACACCGAACAUUAUUUUGUAACAACACUGUUGUAUAGCAUUUUACUUGGUUUCCUUGGAAUGGAUCGAUUUUGUUUGGGCCAAACAGGAACAGCAGUCGGAAAAUUGCUCACAUUAGGUGGCUUGGGCAUUUGGUGGAUUAUUGAUGUUAUUUUACUCGUGACAAACAACUUAUUACCCGAAGAUGGAAGCAAUUGGAAUACAUACGUGUGAUUUUAAAUGCUUUACAAGCGAACACAUCCACUUGCCGUUUUAAGUAAAUCUACGCGUGUCUUACGAUUAUCGAGCAUCCAGAUAAUCAAUUGGAACAGAUAAGACUUUAGAACUUAACCAUAAUUUAAAUGAUAUUUGGAAAUUGUUCAAAUUGGACAGAAUAUAAUAUUUAUUCGUUAAUAGAGACGAUGCACGAUCGAUUGAUUAGCAAUCUAGACAAAACCUUGAGUUCA